AUGUUUUUGACUACAGUAAAUCCACAGUCAUUGUCUACUCCAGGCUGGCAGAUUGAGACCAAGUAUUCAACCAGAGUGCUCAUUGCAAACUGGGUGGAAGAGAGGAGGAAGUUCACCAAAGACACCGAGAAGACACCCCAGUGCAUUUACAGAAAAGAGUAUGUCCCCUUCCCAGGCCACAGACCGGACCAGAUCUCCAGGUGGUAUGGGAAGAGAAGAAUUGAGGGGCUCCCGUACAAACACCUGAUCACCCACCACCAGGAGCCUUCACGCCGCUACCUGAUCAGCGCCUACGACGACCACUACAACCGGCACAACUACAACCCGGGCCUGCCCCCGCUGCGCACCUGGAGUGGGCAGAAGCUGCUGUGGUUGCCAGAGAAGUCUGACUUCCCCCUGCUCGCUCCCCCUACAAACUACGGACUCUACGAGCAGCUGAAGCAGAGAUGGCUCACACCCGAGGCUGGCCCGAGGGAGAGCAUUUACACCUCAUCCUAUCCCAGGCCACCCUGGUGCGCUAUGUCCCGGCGGGAGCAUGCCAUCCCUGUCCCUCCCCCUCGCCUGCACCCUGCCCCACGCUUCUGA